UCAAUCGUCUGAUAACGAGCUCUCAUUGUUUACACCCAACUCCCGACAAAAGCGCGACGGCAACAUAACCACAACACGAAAUGACCCAGGAUUCUUGAGGGACCUGUGUCACGUCGUACAGUAAAUCCCACCGUCAGCCUUAUUAUACGACGACAACUAGCCUCACAGCGCGCCUUUCAUACUGUGUUUGCUCCCCGACGCGCCAGCGACGUCGAAGUUCGCCUUGGAUCCUCUGAAGCUCUCAGCGAACUUCUGGGGGCAAGAAUACUUGAUCCGCCCGGUGAACGAACCUGCAAUACCUAAACGAUUUUAACCCGUCUAUCUAACGUCUAAUUCGCUCCGAUUCAAUCAUCCACCGACAUCCAAACGGGCCGUCGACGAACAGCUCCGAUUUCCGAAGAUUCCGCGUCAAAACAGUCAACAUAACCCGUGGGGGCUUCUCCGCUGCUUGGAUCAGCUAGUGCUGCGAAGAAGUGUAUUUGGCGGGCUCCUACUACGAGAUAUUGCGCAAUCGACGACCCAACUGGAGCAGAUCGAAGGACCGGUACUGUGUGAGGAACGACGCGACCUCGGAUAUAUAUAUAUAUAACAGAUCUAUUUGUACAAUGGUUUAAAGGAGGAUUGUUCACAUUUCUGUUUGUUUUAGCGCUUGAAGGCGUUUAUGGACAGAACUGUUCUGAAGAUUUACCAAGUCGCGUCAACUGGAAGAUACCACGGAUUGUCUGCAUAUGACAGGGAAACAGUGCAAUGCCCACAACAAAUGUUUCUUCGGCUUGUGAGCUGCAGCUGCAAGAGAUUGCAGAUGCCCUGUCAAAAUCCAAGAAGGUGGUUGUCAUAACAGGAGCUGGAAUCUCUACAAAUUGUGGCAUACCUGAUUUCAGGUCGGAGAACGGACUUUAUACCCUUAUUCAAGCCCAAUACGAUGCAGCUGCGGCGAACAAGACGAAUCCCAACACUGGCGAUAUUGAUGAUCGUCCCCUGAAACGGAGGAAGCUUGACAGGUCAUGCUCUCUUGGGUCCUCGGAGCUGGAAAAUGGGAUUAUAAAAGAGGCACCAUUACGCCGGCAGCUUCGAUCAUCACAGUCUUUUCACACUCAGGCAACGGAUUCAGACUCCGCAGGCUCGAAUCCAGAUACCCCCUCGGAAAUUCCCACCAAAGAAAUGGAGGAGACCCCAAAAGAUGUUUCAGCUGAAGCUGUUAACGAGCCCAUACCUUCGUCUCAGGCGUCUCGCAGGUCUACGGCAUCGAGACAAAGCCUUCCGAAUAUGAAGGGCAAGGACUUGUUUGACUCCAUAAUCUGGACUGACAAGCUAACAACGUCAAUAUUCUACACCUUCAUAUCGAGCCUAAGGAAAAAGAUUUACAACGAUGUCACGUCAACGACAGCCACACAUAAGUUCAUUCGGGCACUGCGUGAUGGGGGCAGACUUGUCCGUAAUUAUACCCAAAAUAUAGACAUGCUCGAAGAACGCGAAACACUCUGCACCGAGUUAGCACGGGGACCAGGCACUCGCGGACGUUUCAACCCAAAACUCCGAAAGGAAGCGCAAACAGAAAACAUAGCAGGGGGAAAGCAAGACUCCGGCGUGGAAGUCGUUCAUUUACAUGGCAGUUUAAAGUUUCUCAGGUGUGGCCUAUGUGCACAGCAGGCAACUUGGGACGUUGACCGACAAGUUAUGACUCUAGCAGGCGACGCUCCCGAGUGCCCCUCGUGCUUAGCAAAUAGCGCCAAGCGAGAGGACAAGGGAAGGCGCAGUCUUGCUGUUGGCAGAUUACGACCGGAUAUCGUCUUAUAUGGCGAGGAGCAUCCGAGCGCCGAUCUCGUUGGGCCUCUCAUAACGCACGAUUUAUCUCUCGGUCCAGACAUACUACUCAUCUUAGGCACGAGUAUGCGUGUCCACGGUUUAAAAGUUAUGGUCCGAGAGUUUGCAAAGGCAGUGCAUGGACGAGGCGGCUCCGUGGUAUUUGUUAACCAGACGAAGCCGCCUGACAGUAUAUGGGGAGACGUGAUUGACUACUGGGUAGAAUGGGAUUGUGAUGCAUGGGUCACAGACUUGAGACAGAGGAGAGGUGAUAUAUGGCUUGAACAAGGGACGAAACCCAAAAACGACAAGCCUACUACCACGCCCAAGAAUCCCAGCGCUAUGAGGCCAGACCUUACAAACGGUGCAUACCUUCAAUGGAAUAUUCUUUCAUCUCUGAGGCAGUUGACAGGCCGUGGCGAAGACGAAGAAGCGGCGAAGAUGAUCAAGAGGAUAGAUGGACUGCACAAGCAGGCAGCUCCAAAGAGCACCGUACCACGCCGCCGUUCGUUGCCAGCCACAACCAAGAAGCAGACUUCGAGAAUCCCACUCUCCAAUCUGUCAUCCAAUGUGCAGGGACUGACUAUCCCCGCCAAUGGCAAGCCGAAAUCUACAAAUGGCCAGCGUCGCGCAUUACCGUCGCCGCCGACUAGUGAUGAGGCUGUGCCGGUGCUUCCACAGCCGAUGACGCCCAGAGCAGUGAGGAUUAAGAAGUUGACGAGCAUAGACGCGAUUCUUUCGAGCCCUCUGAGCAGUCCGCCCAAGGUGAUACGUUGGGCGGACUAUUAGUAGCUCUGUAUAUGAAGUUAUGAAGGAGUUUAAAGGAGUAGAGGACCGUUUAGGUCGUAAAUAUACCAUGGCGAGUUUAAAUUCAGUUAAAGUGUGGCAGCUGCUAUCACUUCGUCUCAAACAUCCUUGUGCUCAACCGCAAAUUAUAACCUCUUGAUUCUCAAUGUAUAAACCACGCAACCGAUGGCGUCUUUCAAGUGGCACAGAUAUCUACGAGUUCUCGAGUCAUAAAUUUUCGAAGAAACAUGAAACUCCGCUCUCAUCACCAACUAUCCUCAAUACACUGUCACGCAACAAAUGUCUCUCUAGUCUCUUAAGCCUUGGCCAAGUAUUCGCCCUUGUUAACCCUCUCACACACAUCCUUCAGCAUCUUCGCAGCAAACACAAAAUCGUCUUCGUCCAGAUAAACCUGCGCGCUCAAUCGACACCAGAUCCCACCCUGGAAAACACUAGUCGCAAUAUAAGACUGAUACUCCGAGGCCAUUGUCUGCCCCAGAUACGUGAG